CCGUCCCCCCUCCCCCCUCCAGCCCAGCCCCCGAUUCAAACCGUCGACGCCGUGUCCCCGUCGCCGCGUGACUCCUCUCAGCGCCGGCUCCGCCCCGGCCAACCACCCACCUCCACCUCCACCUCCACCCGUAGCGCCGCCGGAGACUACGCUCGCUCGCUCGCGCGCCUGCCCUCUCCUCGCCGGGGGCCCGCCCAAAGCCAGCUGCUCCGUCGGCCGUCGGCCGUCGGCCGAUCUCGCGGCGAGAUCCCGGCAGCGAUGUGCGGGAUCGGAGCAUGGUAGUGAGCCCGCCCGGUGUUAGCGUCAGCGUCAGCUUCAGCCGGCCGACGGGGAACGGGCGCCGCGGCCAUGGCGAUUUACAUCGCGCGGGAGUCAACCAAGCUAUGGAGGAAGGUGUGCGCGGAGACGUCGGUGGAGCUGCAGCUUCUGUUCGAGAAGUGGCACCUGCUGCUUGCCGGAGUCGUGUUUCAGUAUAUUCAUGGAUUGGCCGCUCGAGGAGUACAUUACUUGCAUCGGCCCGGUCCAAUACUCCAGGACAUGGGAUUUAUGGCCCUUCCGGAGCUCGGGCAAGACAAAGGUUAUCUUAGUGAGACUGUCUUCACUUCCAUCUUCCUUUCAUUUCUGUUGUGGAGUUUUCAUCCUUUUGUUUAUCAUAGCAAACGUUUCUACACUGUCCUACUCUGGCGCAGGGUGCUUGCAUUUUUAGUCGCUUCACAGUUUUUGCGAAUUAUUACAUUCUAUUCCACUCAGCUUCCUGGCCCAAAUUAUCACUGUCGUGAGGGCUCGAAACUGGCCACUCUUCCACCACCCAAAAAUGUUCUUGAAGUGCUCCUGAUCAACUUUCCUCGUGGAGUGCUUUUUGGCUGUGGUGAUCUGAUAUUUUCAUCUCACAUGAUCUUUACUCUUGUUUUCGUGCGUACAUACCAUAAGUAUGGAUCAAAAAGGUUGAUUAAGCUAUUUGCUUGGUUGAUGGCCAUCAUCCAAAGUCUUCUUAUCAUUGCUUCUCGCAAGCACUACACUGUGGAUGUUGUUGUUGCUUGGUAUACCGUCAAUUUGGUUGUAUUCUUUAUUGACAAGAACCUUCCAGAAAUGCCAGAUCGUACAAGUGGGUUGUCUUUGCUUCCAGUAAGCACAAAGGAUAAAGGUGACAGGAUGAAGGAAGAGCUCCACAAGCCCGAGAAGGACAGCAAAAUGAAGGACGAGCUCCAUAAGUUAUUGAAUGGAAACACUGUCGACUCUACUGACCGGCGACAAUGGAUGCCGAUGAACGGAAAGCAUGGCGAAGACAUGAACCACACGCUCUCUGAUGCCACGCCCAACGGUACAUGAUCAGGUGCUUCUCGUCGGGCGCUUGCCUUUCACAUCGACGGGGCACUCUGCCAGUCGGAAAAGAAAAGCUCCUCCUACCUCUGCUGCUGCACUCUCACUGUACUGAAUGGGGGCAAGGCGCUGAAGUAGCGAACGACGACGCUGUCAGAGAACGGAGCCACAGUCUCGCGGCUCUCCACAUGAUCCGAUCAUCAGUCCCGUAGUUUGGCCGUUUUAGAUGUCGGGGGUACGAGAAACACCUAGCAAAACAUUGAAAAUCUGUUGUCGGUGUACAUAACUAUUGAUGUAUUGACGAGAUUUCUAAGCAGUGUUUACUUA